AUGGCUGCGGUGGAGGCGGUAAAAGCUGGGCCGGGCAGAGCAGCAGCAGCAGAGAGACAGCGGAAGCACACAGACACCCAGAAGCAGCGGCAACUCCAUCAGCAGCAGCAGCAGCAGCAGCAGCAGCAGCAGCAGCAGCAGCAGCAGCAGCAGCAGCAGGUGCUACCCUGCACGAGUCUCCUCAUGGGCGUCGGCAGCGCCAUGUCGCGCUGUAUGUCUUUGAGGGCCUAA